AGAAGCACAAUAUGGUGAUGAAGAAGAUGAUGAUGGUAGCGAUGGUGAAUACGAGAAACGUCAUUUAAUUUCCAAAGUUAAAAGAGAUCAUGAUGAUGGAGAAGAUAGCGAUGAUGGAUACGAAAAACGUCAUUUAAUAUCCAAUGUUAAAAGAAGUCGAGGAGGACAUUUUGGUGGACAUGGAAGACAUUUUGGUCAUGGUUUUGGUCGUCAUGGAUGGGGCCAUGGAUGGGGCGGCGGAUGGUGGCCAGGGUAUGGUUAUGAUGAUUGUGGUCCUUAUGAUUAUGAUGAUUGUUAUGGUGGUUAUUAUAAAAAGCGUGAUUUAAUACCCAUAGUUAAAAGAGAAGCACAAUAUGGUGAUGAUGAUGGCGAGGAUGGAUACGAAAAACGUCAUUUAAUUUCCAAAGUUAAAAGAGAAGCACAAUAUGGUGAUGAUGAAGGCGAAGAUAGCGAUGAUGGAUACGGCCCAGCUGAAGAAAAACGUAGUGGAUGGUAUCAUCGACCAUAUGAUUACGAUUGGCCAUAUUAUCGUCAUCAUUAUUAUUUGGAUGAAUCACAUAAUAGAUAUGAUGACAAACACAUUACGAAGGAUCAUCAUGAUAACCAUCACAUACAUGAAAGUUCUAGUUAA